AUGGGCAAAAUCCCAAUCUGGCCCAAUGCGAAUCACGAGAAGGACGUAGUCGACAUUCUGUUAUGGAACCGCUGGUUACUGCGGGUCCUCGGGAUCUGGCCGCUGAUAUACCCGGAUACCACCACGAUCGAGAAGAUCCUGGCGACGUUCUCUUUCGCGUCGUGCUGGACCGUGCUCGGUCUGUUUCUGGUACUUACGAGCAUGUACACCUUCACGGACCGAAGUAUCAUGGGCGAGAAGAUGAAGAUGCUGGGCCCGCUAGGCUACGUGUUCUUCUCCAUGUUGAAGUACCUUUUCCUCGUGGUGCGUCAUAAGAGCAUUCGACGUUGCGUACGGAUUCUCAGUACGGAUUGGCGGAUGGUUCGAGAGGAAUAUCACCGGAAGAUCAUGAUGAGGGACGCGGAGAAGGGCCACUUGCUGUCCAAGUUCUGUAUAGCAUUCAUGUACUGCGGCGGCCUGUCUUACAACACGGUGAUGCCCUUCCUGUCGCAAGCGUCGUCCGACGCGAACGAGCAGAACGUCACCAUCCGGCCGAUGGCCUAUCUCGGCUUCGACAUUGUCUUCGAUUUGCAACUGAUGCCAGUCUACGUGUUCGCCUUUAUUCUUCAAUGCUUCACCGGUAUUGUCAUGUUCAACAUCACCACGUCGGUGUGCUGCUUAGCGGCCAUGUUCGUCGCUCACGCCUGUGGUCAGAUAGACAUCGUGAUAGCGCGCGUGGAGAAUCUUUUCAAGGGAGAACGCAGCCACGUGAAGUUUGACAAAUGCAUGGCGAUUAUCGUGCAGCAUCACGUGCGAGCAUUAAGAUUUUCAGCUAGCAUCGAAGAUACUCUGCGCGAGUUAUGUCUAGUCGAGAUGGUGGGAACAACGUUAAUAAUGUGCUUGGUAGAAUAUUCCUUGAUAACGGAAUGGAACAAUAGCGACGGUAUAGCGAUCUUCACAUACUUUUUUCUAUUCGUUUCAUUUGUCUUCAACAUCUUUAUAUUUUGUUACAUCGGCGAAUUAUUGACGGAGCAGUGCAGCAAAAUCGGGCAUACUUCGUAUGAAAUUGAAUGGUAUGAUUUACCGGGAAAAGUCGCUCUUGACCUAAUGCUGAUGAUCAAUAUGUCUCGACAUCCCGUACAAAUUACCGCCGGAAGAUUAAUAAGCCUUUCUUUCGGUAAUUUUGGAAAUCAAAUGGAAUUUAAUAGUGGCACUGUGCACUUUAUAGGUUCUAAAAACAUCGGUCGCAUAUUUAAACUUGCUUCGAACUGCCAUUCGAUAGACAUGAAAUAA